UCCACUCUGUCACCAGGCGAUCAAACAGGAAGCAGCAGAAAGCGACGGAUCGCUUUUUACAGUCCCUGCCCAGUGUGUCCCCGGGGUGCCGUGGUACCGGUCCCGGUGUGAUGACACGGUGAACCAACGGCGGAUAGAACCGGGCCGUGCACAAUAGGAACAAUGGCCGACGAAGCUCCUUUCCAGUUUUUACAUAACGAAGUCCUUCAGUACAUUUACAAGUCCGCGGAAAACGGAGAGACGGACAAUGGCCGAAAUAUCGCCAAGUUGGAGAACAUGGGCUUCAGAGUGGGCCAUGGGCUGAUGGAGCGACUUACAAAAGACACUGCACGGUUCAAAGACGAGCUGGACAUCAUGAAGUUUGUCUGCAAAGACUUCUGGACCUGCGUGUUCAAGAAGCAGAUUGACAACCUUCGGACCAACCACCAGGGCAUCUAUGUCCUCCAGGACAACAAGUUCCGAUUACUGAGUCAGCUGUCUGCUGGAAAGCAGUACCUGGAACAGGCCCCAAAGUAUCUGGCCUUCACUUGUGGUCUGGUGCGAGGAGCUCUGUCCAACCUGGGAGUGAAGAGUAUUGUGACUGCGGAGGUGUCCGUCAUGCCUGCUUGUAAAUUCCAGAUCAUGAUCCAGAAGAUGUGAUGAGGCAGCACUCAUUCUGCUCUCUACUGUCCACAUUUCCGAUGUCCUUAGUUUCAUGUUCUUACAAAUAUCUAUAAUUAUAUAUAGUUAGUGUUUCUGCUGAGACUAUAUAUGUCAUUGAUACCAUAAGUGGUGAAACACUGUCAAUGGUGUGACAAUUAUUUCUGAGAAUGAAUUGACAUCAACUACAAAGUCACCUGUCAUUGGUAGUUUGUGGUCACAGAACUCCCCACAUGGAGACACUUACUCUACACUACUGGCCAGUUAUCCUGUUGAAGCGUGGUAAUAUCAUAUAAUAUUGCAUUAAAUACCUCUGUGUCAACAUU